GGACUUAGCUGGCAAGCAGUUGAUUCCCCCGACAAGUUUGGUUUAUCACCACCCAUGAUUGCAGGUAACACAAUCCACUGCUAAUUACUGACACAAUUACUGAAACUAAAACUAUGACGUGGUUUUGAUGACAAACUGUUCGGUGUUUCCGUCACAUUUUCACAAUCAUAAAUUAGAAAAAUUUAAAUUUAACUUACUUAAUUUGGUACCAUCUAUAACCAGUUCUAUUUGAUGGAAAAUAAAUCAGGAAUUUAUUCUUCACUAUGACAUAUUCUACUGCCUAUGAAUACUUCUUUUCAAAAUUCCUGUUGGCUUCAUCUGUCACAAAUUGUUAUACCAGCUAACUAUGAACUAUUACUUUUUCUCAAUCAGCUUUAGCUUCGUCCUCUUUUUUCAGGUUUUCUCACCAGAUCUGCGAGCUUUGCAGGGUUGUUAGUUUCCCACCCGGGCGGUGGUAACAUAUCGAAAUUAAAUUGUUUUUUCCAAUGGUAUUUUAGCCCAAAAAGGUUAUGCAGACGUGGCACGAGUUUUGCUGGAAACUGGCGCAGAUGUGAACUUUCAAAGCAGCAGUGGAAAAACAGCCUUGAUGAUGGCUUGCUUCUCAGGUUUAUAACUUGUGAUAUUAUAUAUCUUUAGUAAGUUGAUACGUGCUCUAUGAUUAGUCAACUUAGCUGGCCUUACUGCACUGUAUGGUCCGCUGAAAUUCAAAAUUCUGUUUGAAUUGAGAUCUUGCCCCUCUAUCGGAUUCUAAAGAUGUAAUAAUAUCUUAUUAGCUUCAUUUUAUCGGUCCGUACUGUAAAUUAUGAAACCUAGAUUUUUCCCCGCGAAUUUAUUACCCGAGGGCCUUGCGCUUGGGGCAUAAUCCUGAGCGGUAAAAAGCUCGGUCCGUGACUUACAGUACGGGCGUCUCACUUGGUUAGUAAGACGCAUUUAGCUUUCGCCAAAGGUCCAAUCUUUGUAAAUGACAAUUUUAAACUUGACGGAAAAUGUUUCCGCUGACAUACUUUGUCAAAAAAUUUGUCAUCUCCCCAUCUUGUGUGAUCUGUAAUUAUAUCUCUUGGCUCUGAUGAUCGCUAUGUUCGAGCGGUUUUUAGUUGAAUUGUUGCUCUCAAGGCUUUCACACGAAAUGAGGUUCUUCUGUUAAUUCGGGGAGUAGUGUGCCGCCCGCGUCUCCAAAUCCUAACCUCACCUAUUCAGGAGGAAAAUGCGUUGAUAUGAUCUCGUGACUCCCGUGAUAAAAGUAUCCGAAUUAAAAUCAUAAUGGCCAAAAUCUAUACAUUUAAGCUUAUAAAGCUGCUUUUAAAUAACUUGAAAGUUUUGGACUACAGUACAGUUUGUUUUGACCAGUCGCAUAUUGGCAAAUAUUGAUCGAGUUGUCAGGGUAAGACUUUACAGAAAUUAUCCGGAAGGGAAAAGACAAAGUUUGGGUUCUGAAGGGUUCGAGUUAUACGUUCGAGAGUAAAAUUAGAACAAUUGUGUAAUGAAAACGCAGAAGAUAUCGAUUGUGGUUCGAGUUCACGUGAUGUGCGAGUCCGCUAUGGUUUAAACCUUUGAACCCUAAGAGUGACUGGCAUCUAAUUUCUCCUUACAAUAUCACCCCUGAAUCAAAUAUUUAGGUCACAAGAACAAAGGAAAUGAUCAACGACUAAAGAAGCUCUUGAUUGUUAAACAAAUUCUCCAUGUCAGCACCUUAGGAAAUGUAUAGAGUACAGUAUGGAGAAUAGUGAAAUUAUCCGAAGUUGACUUUCAUUGGCCUGGGUAGUUCUAAUUUGGACAUUCUUACGUUCUCUAAAACACAUCUGUCUACGACGUUUCUUAUAAACUCUUGCAGGAAAUGUGGAGGUUGCGCAGCUGUUAAAAAAACAUAAGGCUGACUGGGAUUUACUGGAUAGGACAGGCUCAACAGCCCUUCACUGGGCGGUCGACGGAGCAAAUUUGGAUACCAUCCGCUGGAUGCUUCAAGAUGGCUGCCGAGUGGACGUCAAAGACGAAACCUCAGGUGAUUCUGGAAUCGUUGUAAGACACGCAGGAAGCGGCUAGAGGGGGAAACGGUGUAGGAGGAAGAACGACACGUCUCUAGUGCUCAAACCACUCCCUAAGAUAAAGAGGCAGAUCUUGAAGAACAUUUGAUACGCAGCUAAAAUUUGGCAAAGAUAUCCAAAAUCACUGCUUUGGUAUACUCCCCUGAUGAAUUAUAAAAAGAAAAAUUAUUUCAUCGUCGAAUGCGUUUAUUACAAAAAAGUAUGUAUAAAAAUUUGUCGUGAGUGUUGGACAAAGAAACAAUCUGGGUCUUCACUAGGAUCCGAGGAUCGAACAUCAGCUGUUUCUAUUUUGGUGGUAGGAUGCUGUGCCAACUGGUCAUAAGUCACAGAGAAAUCUUGAUGUGCAAUGCUAUUUACGAAGUUCAUGUUUGACAAGAGUUCUGUAUGCAACAAGUAUUAUCAAUGUCGCCAGCAUCUUGUGUGAACAAUAAUAACGAUGACUAAUUUUGAGCUUGCCUACGAAUAUACCCCCAAUGACUUUGCAAAGAAUUUGAUUUAGGAACUUGUGGCACAAAGUACGUGUGUUCGGUGGUGAAGUUUCAAUUCUAUCAUCGUAGAUUACCAAAUUUCGACGAGCAAUUCUGAUUCAUAGGUAGAACGAACAUCCACUGGCGCAUUGCAGAUUUUUCUCUGCUCAAAAAUGUUUUUUGUUUAUGAGAUAUUUAUAUCAGAUAUUUAUGUCUGUCUGCUUUGCGAUAAUUUCUUGUAGGCUGGACUCCUCUGAUGAGAGUAGCCGCUGUGAGCGGUAAUGUGAACGUUGACAGGGUACUAAUACAUCAUGGAGCUAAUGUGCACACCAUGGACAAAGAAGGGAAAACGACUCUGAUGAACGCUGCACUUAAUGGCUUUGAAGCGCUUGUUAAGCUUCUCGUUAAAAAGGGUGUCCCUGUCAAGCUGAAAUCAGAGCACGGCAAAACGGCGCUGGAUUUUGCCAGGUCUUUAGAACACGAAAAGGUGACUCACUUUCUGCAAGAGCAUGUAGAAGCUUUGAAAAAGGCUGACAACGAACGCAAAUUGGCUGAAGCGAAGGAAAGAAGGCACAGCCGGGAGCGGAUUGAAAAUCAUGGCUUAAAAUCUGUUACAAACGGUGCACAGAAUGGAACAUCAGAGGCGGUUGUGUCGUAA